AUGUAUUUUUGCCCAAACAUCUGCACUGGAAAGUCGAUAAGUACAAGCCCUAAUUGGUUAGAACAAGACGGGCUUGAUCAGCUGCCAGAGACGAGGAAGAUCAAGAAUGAACUGCUGGAGGAACUUAACAGAAAAGGUUUCAUUAUCAUUAACAGCCAAGCAGCAGUAAAUGGGGAAAGAUUCGAUUCGGCAUCUUUUGGAGGAUAUGUGUAUCAAAAAGCCUAUGUGGAGUUUUUCUGUUCCAAGGAGACAUUGGAUGUUCUUAUCGAAAAAUGUAAGGUUCAUCUAUCUCUGACCUACAUGGCCGUGAACAGACAAGGUAGUUGUUGGAUAUCUAAUCUUGAUCAGAGUAAUAUCAAUGCAGUUACAUGGGGAGUCUUCCCUAGGAAGGAGAUUAUCGAGCGGACUGUUGACGCGGCUAGGUUUAGGGUUUGGAAGGAUGAGGCUUUCGAAAUUUGGUCAGAGAAAUUACUUGAACAGGGGAACAACUACUUCUUAGUUAGCUUGGUAGAUAAUGACUACAUCCAUGGUGACCUUUCCACCGUUUUUCCUGAUUUCUAA